GCUUUGCACAGAGGAAAAUCAUCACCAUGCGCUUGCUACAGAACUCCCAUUUGUUUGUCCUGUCAUUGGUAGGAUUGCUGCUGGUUGGGUGCAUUUACUUUGGUUACACUUCAGCCUGGUUUAGGUAUGCAGGAAGCAGAAGUGGAGUUGCUGACGGGCUUUCAUACAAGCAGCCCAGUAUUCUAAAUGGCCGAAAAGAUGUCAUCACGGUGACCCCAUGGCUUGCUCCAGUGGUGUGGGAGGGCACAUUUCACACAACUCUGAUUGAUGCCAUCUACAAAAUGCAGAACAUCACCGUAGCAACCACUGUGUUUGCACUGGGAAAAUAUGUGCAGUUCCUGAAGGACUUCCUGGAGUCAGCAGAGAAGCACUACAUGCAGGGUUACCGUGUGCAUUAUUACAUCUUCACGGACCAGCCCGAGGCAGUUCCUACGGUAACACUGGGUGCCAGCCGUAGUUUGACUACACUGAAAAUUCCAAGUUCAAACCGCUGGCAGGAGAUCACACUACGCAGGAUGGAGAGGCUUGAGAAACUCAUUGAGACCCAACUGAGCAAUGAGGUCGACUAUAUCUUCAGCCUUGAUGUGGAUACCAAAUUCUAUGGUCACUGGGGGGUGGAGACUCUGGGUGAUAUUGUUGCCGUGAUACACCCUGGUUAUUACAGUACACCACGUGAUGACUUCCCAUAUGAGAGGAGGUCUGAGUCACAGGCCUACAUCCCCUACGGGAAAGGGGAUUUUUACUAUGGUGGUGCGGUGAUUGGUGGUCGAGUGGAAAAGGUGCACAAACUCGCUAAAACUUGCCGCAUGCAGCUGGACGUGGACAAGGCCAAUUCUAUUGAAGCAGCGUGGCAGGAGGAGUCUCACCUGAACAAGUACUUCCUCUACAACAAACCCACCAAGAUCCUGUCACCUGAGUAUUUGUGGCAAGACACUAAAUACAUAACUCCUGACAUAAAAAUCAUCCGCUUCUCUCAAGUCAUCAAGAACUAUGCUAAGGUGCGCCCCAAUCCCUGAUCAGAUCACAUGUAGACAGUAAUGACCCCAUGUGGACUGUAAUUACUUGUUUUCACAAACACUCACAAACAUUCACAUAUUUUUUUCCUUAGUUUCCGUAUUAUAAAUAAUCCC